AUGACAGAAGCUGAAAAAGUAAAAGUUGAGAAACCUGACUUUGACGCAUAUAAUGAAAAGUUGAAUAAUAUUUCGGAAUCGAUUGAUCAGAUUAAGAAAAAAAUUGAUAAUCUGCAAAAGGAAAUCAAAAUAGCCAAUAAAGGCAAAGAAGAAUUCAACAAAAAGAAAAAAGACAUUGUUACGCGAAUUGACGGAUUUCAACAAGAAAUAGAUAAAUUGGAAAAUGAAAGGCGAAAAAUAUUAGAUGAUAUGGAAAAGAAGCAAAAGCACAAAAAAGAGCUAAAAGUAAAUGCACAGAAUAUAAAGAAGCAGAUUGGGUUUCAGAAUGAGGAAGAUAUUGAAAAGAAAAUUAAAGAAAUUGAAAACAAAUUGAUGACAUCAACAAUUUCUAUUAAGGAAGAGAAAUUGCUAAUUAAUCAGAUUCAAGCAUUGAAUAAGAACAAACCUCUUCUGAAUUCCUAUAGCAAAAUUGAAACGGAAGCAAAUAAGUACGACGAUGAGACCAUAAUACCAUUGAAGAGUCGUAUGGAUGCCAUCAGGGAGCAGAUAAAUAAAUUGAGAGAUGAAAAAAAAAAUGAGAGAAACAAAUUGAAAGAACUACAAAAUAGCUAUCAAGAAAAAAAUAACAAAUUGAACGAACUAAACAACUUAAGAGAUAAUUAUUCGAAAAAAAUGAAUAGCUACUUUAUUGAAAGAAGAAACAUAACUGUUGAAAUGGAAGAAAAAAGACAACAAUAUAGAAGCUAUAAAAUAAAUUUAUUGCAAGCGAAACAACAAAAAUUAAAAGAAGACAGAGAGAGAAAAAAUCUAGAAAUAGAAAAACAAGCAUUAGAAAAAGAUCUUGAAGAUAUUGAUUUAUUACCUUAUAGAGAAGAAUUAGCUCUCAUUGAAAAUAUGUUAGUGUAUUUAAAAAAAAUCCAAGAAGAAUCCAAAGUAGAAGAUGCUAAAAAACAGCAAAAUAAUUCUUCUGACAAAAAGGUGAAUGGAGAUGUAGAUGGUACAGAAAAUGAUAAACAAGCAAAUAAUGCAAAUGCCAAGGGAAAAAAUGAAAAUAAAAAAACAAAAAGUAAAAAAGAUAAGCAAAAAAUUUUUAAAUUGGAUAUGAAUAUUCUCUGCUAUUUUGUUACUGCUGGAAUAACGCCACCCGUAAGUUUUGACGAAGUAGAUUCUUGUAUCACGAAGUUGCACGAGAAAAGAGAAUUUUAUAAGACCAAGAGGGAUGAGAGUGUGAAGAAUGUGGAAUCUAGACGAGCUGACCUCAUGGCAAAAAUUAAGGAAAUCGAGGAAAAACUGGGUGCCUUCAAGCCAAAUGAUCAACAGAAAGGAAACAAGAUGGGCAAUAAAACCAAAGCUUGA